UCCACAGUGAUUGAAUCUUUCCUCUCUUGGCCGAAUCACGUUUCCAGUUGGCCACGUCCGGCACUCCGCGGCCAUAACACCACCAUGCCACCCCAGGAACUCACAAAAUCAAUAAAAACCACUGUGCAACUCCAAACACAACACCACUCCAAAAUGAAGAUUAUCUCUACUGUUUGUGCUAUCCUUUUGCCUGUGUGGCUAUGCCACCAUGGCGCUUUGGCUGCAACUUGUGGUGGUGGAAACCGAGGAGAUUCAAUUUGCCCACAGCAAGGCCUGUGUUGCAGCGAGUGGGGGUACUGUGGGAGCGGGCCUGCUUAUUGCAAUGGUGCCACCACUCCUGCUCCAGCACCUCCCUCUGGGUCAAACCCAUCCACUGAUCACUCACGAAUGAUUGCCUAUGUUGGGAAUUGGCAGUCCUGCCCCACAGCUGCGCAGCUAGCUCAGUACACCCACAUUGUCAUUGGUUUUGCCGUCUCUUAUACAUAUGCACCUGAUAAGAACAACUGCAGCCCCACCUGUGAGAUUGACACUCCUCCUAUUUGCAAUAAUGCUCCUAAUCCUGCUCUUCUCAGCGAACUCAAGGCUCAAGGCAAGAAGAUCCUUGUGAGCUUUGGAGGGGCCGGGAUGGGUGGUUCCUGGGCUGGCGAUCAGAACGAUUGCUGGGAGUACUGUUAUGGCAGAGAGUCUCAGGUCGUAUCUCGGUUGACUGCCAUCGUUGAUGAGCUUGGUGCUGAUGGUGUUGAUAUCGAUUACGAAUACUUUUAUGAGGACAACCAGAAUGGAUCAAUUUUCAACAAGGGUACACAGGCUCAGAACUUUUUGACCCAGGUGACUGUUGGUCUCAGAAAUUCUCUGGCAUCUGAUGCAAUUGUCACCCACGCCCCAAUGGAUGUUGACCUGGAACCGAAUACAGCCUACUUCCAGCUCCUCAAAGCUAAUUCUCACACCCUGGAUUUUAUCAUGCCUCAAUACUACAAUGGAGUAACAAGGCCAGUCACAGAUGGCAUCAGUGGCACUGGGCAGGGAAGCACUUCAGCAUUGGAACACUACAAUGAAGUUGCAAAUCAAUUCUUUGGUGGAGAUGCCACUCGCAUGGUGUUUGGUUUCUGCAUCAAUGAUUGCAGUGGAACCGGAAGCAAUGCAAAUGCCGUUCAAGCAGCUCAGAUCAUGACUGAUUUGUCCACAUCUCACGAUUGUAAUGGAGGUGCCUUCUUCUGGGUUGCAAGCGAUGAUACAGAAGGUUCUUGGGCUUCCGUUGUCAACCAAGCCAUUGCCACUUCCACCACCUGCUCCUUACCAAUCACACCGGCACCACCAGUCACGGCACCCACCCCAGCGGCGCCAGUGAGUUCUCCCACGUCCAAGCCCACGACCGCACCUGUUGCUGUCCCCCCUGGGCCAACCAGUGGACCAUGCUGCCCUCCUGGAUUCACAGGGCUCUUGGCUUACAGGGAAUGUUCUGAGUUUUAUCAUUGUGUCAAUGGUGCAGUUGUUGGCAUUCCUGUGGAAUGUGGGCAGGGCCUGCUCUUUGACACUGCCUUGCAGAAUUGCAACUGGAGCAAUCAGGUGUCGUGCACUGGUGGUGUUGGUUGCAACUAAAGAAAACUGUAAGCCAGCUUGAGGUGGAUGAGCGGUUGUGGAGAUGCACAGUUCGAAAAGCAUUACCCUAGGUUUCCUAUUAGGACCAUUUGAUUACC